UGUCAAUUGACUAUCGCGAAAUAUAACCGUGACGGUAACGUCAAACGAAAAGCGCCUGUCCGUGGUUGGAACUCUUAAAGUCUCGAUUGCACCUUUCACCCCGUAUUUCCCUCGAGAGAAUCCGAGGGCGCAGCCGGGAGGAUUCCCGUAAGGCGAGACGACACGAGGCAUAUAACAUGACGUCGUUCGCUCGCAUCUGGAGGCCAUCCGAUUUGCGGUGUCUGACAUUCCGGCGAAAGCUCGGCAUGUUCAAGAGAUCGAAGGGCUGCGACUCGCGAACCGUGUCGAAGAAGGAUGAUCCGUGCACCGACCUGACGGACGUCGAUGACGAUCCUCGCUGCGAGCCUCCUUCACCGCCAACGAAACCGCCUUGUCCUCCUCCUCCCGAGCCGCCGUUUUCUCACCCGCACGCCGAUCCACGCAAGGUCGUACUUUGGCGUAUGCUGUCGUUCUGCGCGUUACCGCUCAUCGUGCUCAUGUCGGUGAUCACCUUUGCGCGGCAUCGAGAAAAAGUGAAGCAGCCGCGGGAGCCGUUCCUGGAUCUCCCGUACAUGUAUCGUCGGACUAAGCCGUUUCCUUGGGGCGAUGGAAAUCACUCGUUGUUCCAUAAUCCCGUGAAAAACGCGGUGCCGCCACACGGUUAUGAAGUCGAAGAUCCGUAUGCAUUGCCCAAGAAAGUGGGCAAUUAGCAGAAGCGUGGGAAUAACUUGAUCCUGCUACUGGUAGCUGGAAAUAGCAGCGAGACGGAUAUGAUAGCUUGUCUGCUCGACACGCGGCGGUUGUUUUAAUUUUUAAUCAGUUCUUGACGCCAAAGAGAGAGAGAGAGGGGGGGGGGGGAAAUCAUAUAUAAAAUAUUAAUAUUUUAAUGGAGCAAGACUCUUGGUUGCGUAAAGUAAUUGCAGCUCAUUCGUUACUCACGAUUCGAUGACACUUAUUUAUUUGAAAUUGUUAUGGAAAUAACAAUCUAUUGGUAAUGUUUGAAUUCGCUGUAUGAAAGUUUCAAUAAAUAAAAAAUUCCUAGAAUCGCUAUGUCAAAAA